AACCCCACUUCCCCCAACACCUGCUCUCCCCUCCCUUUAUUUAUAUCCCACCCAAACUACCAUUUGCAUUCUCUCUCUCUCUCUCUUAGAUAGCUAAAUUUUUCAUUAGUAUUCCUUGUAGGCCACCUAGCUUUCCUCUCUUCUUACUAUUUUUGUGUUCAUGUGAAGGUUAAUUGAAACAUAAAGACACACUCACACACCCUGGGUUCAUAAAUUUCAUUUUGCAGUAACAACAAAAAAUAAGCAUGAGUUGCAACGGGUGCCGCGUUCUUCGAAAGGGAUGCAGCGAGUCCUGUAUGUUGCGCCCUUGUUUGCAGUGGAUCGAAACCGCCCAAGCUCAAGGCCACGCCACUGUCUUCGUCGCCAAAUUCUUCGGCCGUGCCGGCCUCAUGUCCUUCAUUUCCAACGUUCCAGAAAAUCAAAGACCCGCGCUGUUUCAGUCGCUGCUCUUCGAAGCGUGCGGGAGAACGGUGAACCCCGUGAACGGCGCCGUGGGACUUCUCUGGACCGGGAACUGGCACGUUUGCCAGGCCGCGGUGGAGACGGUGCUCCGCGGUGGCACGCUGAGGCCCAUGCCGGAGCUCAUGGGCCUCGACGCUCCCGCCGCCGCGGCCACCGAUGAAGCAUCGGAGGCCGAAGUGGCCUGCACCGACACGUGGAGGAUCCGAAACCCGAACCCGAAUUGCCGGUUCACAAGCUCGCGGUCCUCCGGCUGCGGCGGCGGCGGCAAACGCAAGCGGUCGGAGGAGCUGGCAAAGCUUCAGGCGCAGCCGAAUCUCGAUCUCCGGCUGACGCCGGUUUUUUCGCAGAAGGUUGAGAGCCGCCGGCCGGAAUCUCCGUCGAUGACAUCGGUGGAAUCCGGAACGACGACGGAGAACAGAUUUGGGGAUCAGUGGGGUCACCGGAAAGUUCUCAACCUUUUCAUUUGAGAACUCUCCUAUAUGUUUCUUCGAGGGUUAUGUUUUUUGUGAAUCUAAUUAACGAGUUAUUAUUAGUUUUGUUUUGUUGUUGUAAUAGUCCUUUUGUUUUUGGAGGGGUUGUUCCCGGAUUUGAAGUCCGGCGAGUUUUGGUGAGACACUGGCACAGGAUUUCUCUAGAGAGAAAAAUGAGAGUUAGUCGGUGGUGAUCCCUUUUAUUUUUUAUUUUUUUUCUGUCAAACAUGGAAUAUGUAAACAGUCCUGUGGUCGUCCGUGGCAUGAAUAUUAUUAAUAUGAAAUUAUGAAUAAAGACUAGAUAUAACGUUUGUUUUUAA